AUGUCGCAACCACAACAACAUCUCAACAGCAACAUCCCCGUAAGCGAAAUUUUCUGGACUCUCGUCGACAAAGCCGACAAAAAAUUCUCCAAAAUCAGAGACUUACCUUACUACCAACGCAGCAGGCAUGAUACAUAUUUCUCUAAGGUCUUCAAAGUCUACACACAGUUAUGGAAAUUUCAACAAGAGAAUCGUCAGAAGCUAAUUGAAGCCGGGUUAAAGCGAUGGGAAAUCGGCGAGAUCGCGUCUCGAAUCGGCCAACUGUAUUUCGGACAGUACAUGAGGACUUCUGAUUUUAAUUACUUAUCAGAAUCUUAUAUUUUCUAUGAAGCUAUUUUUACUCGUGAUUAUUUCAAAGACGGUUUGUUUCAGGAUGUUAAUAUUGCGAAUAAGCAAUUGAGAUUCUUAGCCAGGUUUUUGACUGUUUGUUUGCUUUUAAAUCGGAGGGAAAUGUUGCAACAGUUGGUUAAUCAGCUUAAAGUGUUGGUUGAUGAGUGUAAGAGGGUGUUUCAGGAUAGUGAUUUUAAGGAAUGGAAAGUUGUUGUUUUGGAAAUUGGGAGGUUUUUGAAAGCGGAUACUGCUUUUAUGAAUGUCAGACCGUUGAGAUAUAGUUUGGUUUUGGAUUCUCAUCCUGAUAAUUUGCCACAUGUUCCUGUCGCUAUUGCGAAGCGAAAUUUGAAAUUGCGAGAUGCUGUGUUGAGUAGCUUUCAUCAUAACGAGGUUAAGUUUUCGGAGCUCACUAUUGACACUUUUAGGAUGCUUCAAUGUUUGGAAUGGGAACCUAGUGGCUCAUUUUACCAAUCUAGUGGCUCAAAACUUAGUCAGAAUGGGGCAUCUGGGACUGGUCGUAUCAGUUACUUACAAGAUAUUGCUGAUCCUACUUUACCGGCAAACCCGCGGAAAGCUAUAUUAUACCGUCCUUCACUGACACAUUUCAUAGCUGUUCUUGCCACAAUUUGUGAGGAGCUUCCAUCGGAUGGUAUUCUCCUUGUAUAUUUGUCAGCUUCAGGAGUAGGAUCUAGUGGGGCUGGACAUAUUGAAUCCGGUUGUUUAAACUUCGGUUCCCGUGGAGAUAAAGGAUCAAAUUGCAUAUAUGCAUCUGACUUUCUACCGUUUACUAGAAGACCACUUCUUUUAGUCAUUGAUAAUGACAACAGCAAUGCUUUUAAGAAUGUGCAGGUCAUAGCAGAAGCAAGUAAAGGAGAGUCAGUGGCAAUGCUCCUUUCUCCAAGCCGCUUGCCUCCUAUUGAGUCUGAUUUCUCACAUACCUCAAAUGGGAGCUUAUUCACCAUGUUUCUUACAGCUCCGCUGCAAGCUUUCUGUCUGCUGCUAGGAUUUUCAGGCACUGAUAUUGAUUUGGACUUGUACAAUAAAGCUGAAAUGCUGCUCUCGUCAUCAUUAAAUAACUGGGGAUUGGCGUUGGCAUCAUCGGAUACGCUUGAUCCAGUUUGGGGACAGGUUUUAGGCGAUCCCUUCAUAAGGAGACUUCUUUUGAGAUUCAUAUUUUGCCAGACAGUGUUGACCUUGUAUGCACCAGUUUACGAUAAAAACGAAUUUCUUCCAACAUGUGUCCCUUCUCUUCCAACACCUGUCCUGCCCCCAAGCUACUCGUAUCAAAGUGUAAUUCUGCAUCUAGCCAGCAUUUUUAGUGCAACUAAGUACUUCAUAUUUUCUGAGGAUGUUUCUCCUGAAACUGUAUCUACAAAUGUGGAUCAGUUGUGA